AAAGCGGCACAGAAUUGAUUUGGUAACCAGGAGAAAACAAACAGAUUUUUUAAACUUGUUCUUUGAAAAAACAAACAAAUCAAAAGAAAGAGAGAAGAAGAAGAAGAAGAAGAAGAGGCGCGCACGUCAACAAAAGCCAACCUUUCACAUUCAGGUAAGCUCAAUCUUCCUCGCUAUAAUCUUUGCACGUUUCGGGUUACAAUUUUGGUUCUCGCUGCGAAAAUCGAAACGUUUCGGUGGGGAUUUGGUUGAAUUCUAGGGUUUCUUUGAUUUCCGGGCAAGUGGUUUGAGCUGUUUGGGAGCUCAGUGGCGUGUGGAAAAUUAGUGGUUUGAUUUGUUCGGCAUUGUGGAUGAUUUAGGGUUUCUUGAGCUGCAAGGUUGUUUUCUUGAGAUGAAGCAAUUUGUGCUUGGAAUGGGGUAGAGAUGAAGCGGAGGGGUUUGAAGCUGAGUGAUGUGUGGUUUUGGUUGGUUUAAUGGGAAGAAGGAGUUGGGGAUUCGGUUAUGGUGUCGAAAAUAUUAGGUGGUGGUGUUGGGUCCUGUACUUGUGGGGAAAACCUGAUAUUGCAACUUGAAUGGCUAUGGCUAGUCCUCAGAGAAUCGGUCCGGCCGACAGGGAUAUCGACCAGGCCAUAGCGGCGCUUAAGAAAGGCGCGACUUUGUUAAAAUACGGGCGCAGAGGGAAGCCGAAAUUCUGCCCUUUCCGGCUUUCUAAUGAUGAGGCUUUACUGAUAUGGUACUCUGGAAAAGAAGAGAAACAUGUUAGACUUAGUCAUGUUACUACCAUUAUUCCUGGGCAGCGUACUGCAAUAUUUCAGCGGUAUCCACGACCAGAAAAGGAGUACCAAUCAUUUUCUCUUCUUUACAAUGAUAGAUCCUUGGACUUGAUAUGUAAAGACAAGGAUGAGGCUGAAGUUUGGUUUGUUGGUCUUAAGGCAUUAAUUACUCGAGGUUCCUACCGGCAUUUUAGAAGUGAGUCAAGAAGUGACAACAGUGUAUCAACAGAUACCCCCCUUGCUCAUACUCGAAGAAGUUCUCCAUCAAUCGCACCAUUCACCUGUACACAACAGGAUGCUGCAGGAGAUACUGAGGGACUUCCUUUGGAGACUGCCCCAACAAAUAGAUUAGGAAGGGCAUUUGCUGACAUAAUAUCAUAUACUGAUGCUACCAAGACUCAAGCUGAGUCACCUCCUAUUUCCUCAUUAUCACCUGCAUCUGUAGAUAAUUCAAAUGGUCGAAGUUCCACAUCUGAAGCAAUUCGAAUUAGUUUAUCUAGUGCCGUAAGCUCAUCAAGUCAAGGUUCUUGUCCAGAUGACUUUGAUGCUUUAGGAGAUGUUUUUAUUUGGGGUGAAAGUAUUAAUGGUGGAGUACUAGGAGGCAAUGUAGAUAGAAUAGGAAGAUCAGUUUCUUCCAGUAUGGAUGCUCUCCUGCCCAAGGCAUUGGAAUCAACAGUGGUCAUAGAUGCUCAUGGAAUUGCUUGUGGUACCAGACAUAUUGCACUGGUCACCAGGCAAGGGGAAAUUUUCAGUUGGGGAGAGGAGUCAGGAGGCAGGCUGGGUCAUGGUGUAGGAGCAGAUGUUUCCCACCCUAAGCUCAUUGGCACUCUUAGUGGCAUGAAUGUUGAAUUAGUUGCUUGUGGGGAGUAUCAUACCUGUGCUGUUACAAUUUCUGGAGAGCUCUAUACAUGGGGUGAUGGCACUAAUAAUUUUGGUCUACUUGGACAUGGACGUGAAGUUAGUCACUGGAUUCCCAAAAAGAUAAGUGGUCAUAUGGAAGGUAUACACAUAUCCUAUAUCUCUUGCGGACUGUGGCAUACAGCUGCUGUGACCUCAGCUGGUCGGUUAUUUACAUUUGGGGAUGGUUCUUUUGGUGCUUUAGGCCAUGGAGAUCAUAGUAGCACAAGUACUCCACGAGAGGUGGAAACUUUGAGAGGGCUGAGAACAGCAAGGGUUGCUUGUGGCGCUUGGCACACUGCUGCAGUUGUUGCAAUAAUAAAGGAAUCAUAUAUGUCUGAGGAUUCUGGUAACUCUGCUUUUGGAAAGCUGUACACCUGGGGCGAUGGAGAUAAAGGCCGACUUGGACAUGGCGAUGAAGUUUCUAGACUAGCUCCUGAAUGUGUAGCUGCAUUGGUUAAUAAAAAUUUCUGUCAAGUAGCAUGUGGGCAUAGUCUCACAGUUGCCCUUACAACAUCAGGACAUGUAUAUACAAUGGGAAGCGCUGCUUGUGGACAGCUUGGCAAUCCUUCAGCUGAUGGAAAAGUUCCCACUCGUGUUGAAGGUACAAUUGCAGAUAGCUUCGUCGAAGAAAUUGCCUGUGGUUCUUGUCAUGUGGCAGUUUUGACUUCCAAGACAGAGGUUUAUACUUGGGGAAGGGGUUCAAAUGGGCAAUUAGGACACGGAGACAAUGAUAAUAGAAAGACACCUACUCUCGUUGAAUUUAUGAAGGAUAAACAAGUAAAGAGUGUAGUAUGUGGUUCAAACCUUACUGCAGUCAUUUGUCUUCAUAAAUGGGCAUCUGGUGCUGACCAUUCCGUUUGCUCUAAUUGUCAUAAUCCCUUUGGUUUCAGAAGAAAACGUCAUAAUUGUUAUAAUUGUGGGUUAGUUUUCUGUAAAGCAUGCAGCAGCAAGAAAGUUCUGAGAGCUGCCUUGGCUCCAAAUGUGAACAAGCCCUAUCGGGUGUGUGAUGAUUGUUAUACUAAACUAAAGAAAGCUGCAGAAGCUAGUUCUGUUGUACGAAAUCCCAAAAUUAGAAGUGGACAUGUACACCAUAAAUCCUGUGAGACGGCAGACAAAGAGACUCUAAUGCCUAUGUUACGGGCAACACUGUCCAGAAUUUCAUCCUUUGGCUCAGGCAACCAUACUGAAAGCAAGAUUCCUAAGCCUGAAAGAAAACCAGAAGCGCGUGAUAAUCGUGUCUUUCCAAUGCUAAAUGGACAUUUGCAGUUAGGGGCCUUUACUUUGUCAAAAGCAUCAACUUCCCUUGAUGGAGAUCCAGGAAAGUUCAUGUCAGCGUCCAUGCCUACUUCCAGAAAGUCUUCUGUGUUUGCAUCUCCUGUUUCAGGAAAGUCAAGCCCACGUCAGUCUUCUGAAGACAUUCUUGAGGACCCAAAGUUAGUAAAUGGAAGUUUGAGCCGAGAAAUUAUCAGUUUAAGGGCACAGAAAACUAUGCAGGUAGAAGACCUUACUUUCAAAUCCCAACGACUUGAAGCUGAACUUCAAAGAACAUUAAAGAAAUUGAACGAGGUCUCUGCAGUAGCUACCGAUGAAGCUGAAAAAUGCAAAUCUGCAAAGGAAGUUAUCAAUUCUCUAACUGCUCAGUUGAAGGAGAUGGCUGAAAGAAUGCCAGAAGGACAUGUUGCAAGUUGCAAUGCAGGUUCAACUCCUCAUGCCAUCACUUUUGUAAAUCAGUUAUCCAAAGAGAACCCUCAGACAAAUAUGACUACUCCUCAAAUGGAGUCCAAUGGCAAUUCAAUGGAUCGGAUCUUAGGGAAUGGAACUAAAUCACAGAGUGGAAAGGUAGAGCGAGUUCUACAAGAUGAACCUGGUGUCUAUAUAACUUUAUGCUCCUUGCCGGGCGGUGGUAAUGAACUCAGACGUGUUCGCUUCAGUCGGAGACAUUUCACUGAAGAAGCAGCAGAGAGAUGGUGGGCAGAUAAUGGCGCAAUGUUGUGCGAGCGGCACAAUAUACAAAGUGCAGAGUAGUAUGUUUGCUGUCCAUGUAUGAAUACAUCCCACGACCUUCUUCCUCUACUGGAAUGUGUAAAUUUUGCCCGUUAAUCAUUCAGUAGAGUUUUGCUCAAAGGAUCUGGAGUUAGAAUUCGCAAAAGUAGACUGAGAUUUAGAAUGUCAAAACUUUAGUAAGCAGAGAUUUUUAAAAUGUGAAAAAAGAAGAAAAAGAAAUCUAUGAGCUGAAGGAGACAUUUUGAGGAGUCAAGACAUUCUGCAGUUUUUUUUUGGUCAGAUUAGAUAUUCUGCGGUUAAUGCUGAUAUUUUGCAGGAUUUUUCUUCUUCUUUUUCUUAGGGUUUAGGGUUUAGGAUCCAUCUCAAGACGAAUCAUGUUUUUGAGAUGUAUCUCAAUUUUUUUCAUCUUUUCCUUUUGGAAAGCUCUUGUACUCCCAACUGUUUUUUAUAAAAGCCAAGGAAAUGUCUCACGUUAA